AUGAUACACACGGAGACACACCCAAGGUGUUCGCAGACGACUGCAGGCGAUCCCAUUGAUUCCUCGAUCCAUCCGCUCGCCUUCCUCCGCUCGCCCGUCACAGUUUCCCCAUCUCACGGAUAUCCCGAGGCGGCGCAUCUGCUUCUGGUCCGCGGGGCACCCGUGGACGCCCUGGACGACGCGGGGUACUCGGCCCUCCACCUCAGCGCCGAGCACGGGCGGUUGGAUCUGCUCCGUCUGCUGCUCGAGCACGGGGCGUGCGUGAAUUUCACGCCGCCGGGGGAGGAGUGCAAGGACAGGCCGGACGAGCCGCUGCGGCUCGCCAUACGGAACAAUCACUACGAGGCGGCGAGGCUGUUGCUCGAGGCGGGGGCGCAUCCGAACACGCGUUACUUCCUCGGCUCCGACAUCAACCUCGUCUCCCCGUUGAGCAUCCCGUUCCUCGAGCUGCUCCUCGCGUUCGGGGCCGUGCCGGACGCGAGAGACCGAGACGGGAACACGCCCCUGAUGAAAGCGUGCCGCCUGCCGCACGGCUUCGACGCCGCCCUCCUGCUCAUCCACCACGGCGCCGACGUGAACGCCCAGGCGUGGGAGCGGCACGACAACCGAUCCGUCCUCCACUACGCGGUCCUUUCCGGGAACCCCAAGAUCGUGAAUCUGGUACUGAAGCAGGGAGCGAGGGUGAACUUCCCGCCGGAUUACCUCAAGCCGACGCCGCUCCACCUGGCCAUCCUCAAGGGGGAGCCCAUCAUCGUCCGUCAGCUCAUCGAAGCAGGCGAGACGCGUGACCGGCGACUUCCUCAUUAUCGAUUUGAAUUCCUUCCACAUGCGAACCCUCCCUCCUCGACAGGAGCCGACGUGAAGGCGGCAUCACCGGUGAUCGGCACCGCCCUGCAAGUGGCCUGCGCGGACGAGAUCAGCAACCGCAUGGAGAUGCUUCGGCUGCUGCUGGGCUCCGGGGCGGACCCGAACGCCAUCGUCCGAUCGGAGGACGGAGUGCCGCACCGGGGGGCGCUCGCGGAGUAUCUCGCCUCCAAUCACAAUCCGGAGAUGGGGGUCGUGAGGCUGCUGCUCGAGUACGGCGCCAAGGUCGGUUUCGGUAUCGGGGUCGAAAGGGGUGGGAAGGAGAAAAUGGCUUUAAAACAGGCGUGGUUCGGAGGUACGUGA